AUUUCUCCGAAUCGUUAUCCUCAUUGUCCAUGUAUGCAUAACAUGAGCUAGCCCUCAUGUACGUCCGCUCUAUAUAUAGGGCUCAACAUUUUUACAUGAGGAGAUAUCACUUCGCGUGAAAAAAGAGUGAAACAAAAUGAGUAGUUUCAGAAUGAAUAACUUCAAAUUGAUUCCUGGAGAACAUGCUACUGAGCUCCUCAAUGCUCAAGCCCACAUAUGGAACCAUAUUUUCAACUUCAUAAACUCUAUGUCCCUGAAAUGUGCAAUCCAGCUUGGUAUACCUGAUAUCAUCCACAGCCAUGGAAAGCCCAUGACUCUUUCAGAGCUUCUUGUAGCACUCCCUAUACACCCAACAAAAGCUUGUAAUGUUCCUCGUCUCAUGCGCAUUCUCAUCCACUCUGGGUUCUUUGUUGCAGAAAAAAUGUUCGAAAAUGACCAAGAAGAAAGGUAUGCACUCACUGAUGCUUCUAGGCUCCUUCUUAAGGACAAUCCCUUGAGUGUAACCCCUUUCUUAGUUGCCAUGCUCGAUCCUGUUUUGACUAAGCCUUGGCAUUUUCUGACGGCAUGGUUCCAAAAUGAAGAUCUUACGCCGUUUGAUACGGCUCAUGGAAAGAAGUUUUGGGAUUAUGGGGAGCAUGAGGCAAAGCUUAACCAUUUUUUCAGUAAUGCCAUGGCUAGUGAUGCUCGCUUCGUGGUGAGCGUGCUGAUCGACAAGUGCAGUGCAGUGUUCGAUGGAUUGGAGUCAUUGGUUGAUGUUGGUGGUGGUACGGGAACUGUGGCCAAGGCCAUUGCCGACGCAUUCCCAAGUAUGGAGUGCACGGUGCUUGAUCUCCCACAUGUAGUUGCUGGCUUGGAAGGGAGUAAGAAGUUGAAGUAUAUUGGAGGGGACAUGUUUGAGGCAGUUCCUCCUGCAGAUGCAAUUUUACUUAAGUGGAUAUUGCAUGACUGGAACGAUGAGGAAUGCAUUAAAAUACUUGGAAGAUGCAAGGAGGCAAUCACAAGCACUGACAAGAAAGGAAAGGUGAUAAUCAUUGACAUGAUAGUGCAGAACCAGAAAGAAGAUGAUGAGGAUCGGGAGUCGAUUGAAACGCAACUAUUCUUUGACAUGUUGAUGAUGGUAUUGGUCACUGGAAAGGAGAGAAACGAGAAAGAAUGGGCAAAGCUGUUUUUCGAUGCUGGUUUCAGUGACUACAAGAUAACCCACAAACUGGGACUAAGGUCUCUCAUUGAGGUGUAUCCUUAAAUUAAUAAGCUAGAUGAUUAGAUCUUUCAAGAGUGAUGUCUUAUUAUAUUUGCCCUUCAUCUAUUCGUGCGUGCAUUGCACGCUAUCAAUUAAAGUGGUUUUCUUUCUCCCGCUUUAUAUCAUAAUGUGAGUCUUUCUUUUUA